UGUCCCGGUGACGCCACGCUCUGUGUUUGCGGUUCAGAGGAGCUUCACUUCACUUCAGAGAGAGAAAUAAAUCGGAGAUAAACAAACAAACAAACAAACAAACAAACAGCCGAACUGAGCACCGCGCCCUGCUGGAACUCUAACGGAUCUGUGCGGCUGCUUUUCUCGCGUUGUUCGUGUUAAAUCCGUGACCAGUGUAAACUUUUAGCUACAAUCCGGUCGCAGUGAGCUAUUGCUAACAGAUUAGCGGUUAGCCGGACGUUUCUUUGGAAGCUAGCGGAAUAUUUACAACUGGAACAAGUACUCAAAUAAUAAAGGGACCGCGGGAUAAGGCGUAAAAACAGGUUUGCUUUGUAAGUGGACUGGACCUACAGGACUGUGUGGCACAGAGGAAUGAGUCAUGACCUCUGUGGUGGUAAUAGACGGCGGAGGGAACGUUCUGGAGUACGUCACCGGGGACGAGGAAGCGCAGCAGGAGGUGUGUUGUGAUGGCACAGUGAUCCACGAGGACGAAGCCGGGUGUCCGGCAGUGAUCGUGGAGCAGGUGAACAGCGCAGAUUUGGAGCAGUGCUACGCCGCUCAGGUGCUCGUCUGUGACGACGAGAACACCUACCUGAUGCAGGACGUGGUGGAGGAGCAGGUGGUGGAGACUGAGGUGCAAGAUGCAGGUAUAGUGGAGGUAUCAGUUCAUGACAAAACCAUUGAAGCAGCUGAGGCUCUGCUGCACAUGGACUCUCCAGCCAGCCUUCAUGAUGACCACAGCCCAGAAGAGUUCCUGUCGGAGAUGGAGGUGGAAGUGAGCACUGAGGACAUGGGGCAAGUUGUGGAAGAUUGUAACAGCACGACGCAGCAGGCGGAUCUGCAGAAAAAGAAAAGAGGACGGAAAUCCAAACUGCCACGUGCUUGCUGUGACGGCUCGCUGGAUCUCAUUUAUAAGCGGAAGUCGAGAGAGAGCAAGGGCACCACCACGUACCUAUGGGAGUUUCUACUGGAUCUCCUUCAGGAUAAAGAAACCUGUCCUAAAUACAUCAAAUGGACAGAAAAGGAGAAGGGCAUCUUUAAGCUGGUGGACUCUAAAGCCGUAUCCAAGCUGUGGGGCAAACAUAAGAACAAACCGGACAUGAACUACGAGACUAUGGGUAGAGCGCUCAGGUAUUACUACCAGCGAGGAAUUCUGUCCAAGGUGGAAGGGCAGAGACUGGUGUACCAGUUCAAGGAGAUGCCCAAAGAUAUCGUGUUCAUCGAUGACGACAUAGAGGACGGAAUGGAUAAGAGCAAAGCGCAGAGUCCCACCGCGGCCGACACGCCCAGGCGGAGGAAAGAGAGGUUUUCUCCUGUUUCAUCCUCAGCACCCAUCAUCAGCAUCGCCUCAGGACCUGAAGGACUCGUGUCCAUGCAACAAGCUGCGGUCGCCACAACAACGGGCCCCAGGACUGUGAGGCUGGCCAUGCAGGUGCCAGUUGUCAUGACACCCCAGGGUCAAAAGAUCUCCACGGUGACCCUCAACUCUCCCACGAGCUCCUCUCCGGUCCUGACAACGGGCAGCGUACUGGGUGGGGGGAACAGCGCAGGUAAAAUGUUGCUGAUGCCCACACAGGGGCAGAACGGCGAACGGAUCACCCUGCAGCUCAUCACGCUUCCCGCCAAUACCACAACCAAAGCAGGCACGCCCAUCACGCUGCGUACCCUCGCACCGCUCACAGGGACCCAGGUGCUUCAGCUCGCCAUGCCUUCCUCUGCCAACAACCCCACCACCAUCACGGUGCCAGCAGAGCAGCCGCUAAACACGCAGGACAUCAAGAUCAUUAAGCUGGAUCAUCUGGAGAGAAGCGUACACGCAGACCAGGCCACCACACAAAGCUGACACUCUGUUCACUCAAACACAACAACCGACCCCAGCUUUCGUGUCAAUCCAAGAUAUGCUCACAAAGACUCGACGACGGCGCUAAAGCUAAUCCGACCCUUCACGUUCACGUCCCAACACUAUGACCGAAAAAAAAUCUGCUUAGAGACCAAGCAGCCGAGACGAAGCCGGACAUUUCCGAGACAGACCACCGGAGUCACGAGGUUCUGGCACCGCACUGUAACCGGUGCUAAGGACAGAGACUCUCUGGCCAAAACACAGCGACGGAAAGAAACGUUUCCCAACAGAUUCGACAGACGUGAAAAGGACGCUGUAUAUAUACUGACUCCAUACUCGUAGUGAACAAAAUGUAAAGAAGCUUCAGGAUUUUUUUUUUUUUGUUUAACUUUCCCCAGUGUAAAUAUGAAAUAUAAACUUUUUGAUAUUUUGUAUCAGGCAGUGUUUUUUUUUUUUGUUUUUGUUUGUUUUUUUAAUAUCUAAAAAGCAUCUUAAAACUUUGUAGACCUUAAUAUUUCACUUUCUAUAUCCAUAUUUUUGUUGCAUUUAUAUCCAUCAUACCUGUUAUUCACAUUUCUUUGUCUCAUUUUCGAUUGUGUACAAAAAAGGGAGAGAAACGUGUGUGUGUGUCUCUGUUUGGACUUAACUUUAUCGAAUGUUCAAUAUUUGAAGCAUAUAUUUUGUUGUACUCCUAUUCAAGCUUGUAUCCAAGUAGAUUUAAAUAUACAGGACAUAAUUAUGCAAAAC